AUGGCGACCUGCACGCUAAACCCCGUCGAUAUCAUCGAGCGUGCCAAGGCUGCGCGUAAGCGCAGGCUCCAGGAGCUCUACGCUACGGGAAGUAGGACAAGGCACGUGACCAGCUCCCGGCUCGACGGCACGGACGCCUUCUGCCAGACAUUGGCAUGUCUAGAGGGUUUAUCGGCGGUCAAGGGCUGCAUGCUGGAGCGGCAGCUUGAUUGGGUGUCUCGCCUCUUCCCGUCCCUGCAUCUCCCGGCCUCCGGAGACAAGGAGGCCGCUGCUGGGCUCUUACGCAGUCUAUGGUCGUCGUUGUUCCGCGAUGGGAACUCAUCGUCUCACGCUCGCUACCUCGCAGCCUUCGUGCUUCAGCUGAGGACUACCGUCUUCGGCCGGAUGAAGGUCCCUCCCAGUGUGGUAGCCGCUGCUGCUGACGUGGCUGUUCGCGGAGUCAAGUCUACUAGGAAGCAGACGGUGCGGUUCAAGAACGAGUUGGAGCGAAACAUCACGAUCAAGCUGGGAUACGCCAACGCCAAGAUCUACAAAUGCGAGGACGACGCCUGCCCUCGCCCCAUGUGCUACAAGGCGUACGGCAGCAGCAAGGAGGACAGCCCGCUAUGCGACGUGCCGGGAUUUGAAAAGGCCCGCAUGAAGCUGAUGCGCCACGUGUCAUUCGUCGAUUGCCCGGGCCACGACAUUCUGAUGGCGACGAUGCUGAACGGCGCGGCGAUCAUGGACGGCGCGCUGCUGCUGAUCGCGGGCAACGAGAGCUGCCCGCAGCCGCAGACGUCGGAGCAUCUGGCGGCGGUGGAGAUCAUGCGGCUGAAGCACAUCAUCAUCCUGCAGAACAAGAUCGACCUCAUCCAGGAGAGCGUCGCGCUCAACCAGCACGACGCCAUCCAAAAAUUCAUCCAGGGCACCAUUGCGGACGGCGCGCCGGUGAUCCCCAUCAGCGCGCAGCUCAAGUACAACGUGGACGUGGUGUGCGAGAUGAUCAUCAAGCGCAUCCCCAUCCCCGACCGCGACUUUGUGUCGCCGCCCAACAUGAUUGUCAUCCGCUCCUUUGACGUCAACAAGCCCGGCGCUGAGGUCGAUGACAUCAAGGGCGGCGUUGCUGGUGGCAGUAUCCUGCACGGAGUGCUGCGCGUGGGGCAGAAGAUAGAGGUGCGGCCGGGCAUCGUGGCCAAGGACGCGGACGGCAAUAUCCGCUGCACGCCCAUCUUCUCGCGCAUCAUCUCGCUCUUCGCCGAGCAGAACGAGCUGCAGUUUGCCGUGCCAGGAGGGCUCAUUGGUGUGGGCACAACUAUUGAUCCCACGCUCACCCGCGCGGAUCGCCUCGUGGGGCAGGUGCUGGGGGAGGUGGGGGCCCUCCCGGACGUCUUUGUUGAGUUGGAGAUCAAUUUCUUCCUGUUGCGACGGCUGCUGGGAGUGCGCACCAAAGGAACAGAGAAGCAGGGCAAGGUGGCGAAGCUGACAAAGGGAGAGGUGCUGAUGCUCAACAUCGGGUCCAUGUCUACGGGUGCGCGCGUGGUGGCCGUGAAGAACGAUCUGGCGAAGCUGCACCUCACCUCCCCCGUGUGCACCAAGACGGGCGAGAAGCUCGCUCUGAGCCGGCGCGUGGAGAAGCACUGGCGGCUGAUUGGCUGGGGGCAGAUCCAGGCAGGUGUGAAGCUCGAUGUGCCGCCACCUGUUGACUUGCCCAAGUAG